AUGUCCGACUUCUCGCUCGACGUCGUUUUAGCCCGCGUCACCAAGACCGUCGCCGAGGGCGUGAUCCACCGCCACGAUGGCGGCGCACCCCUCGCCGACGCCUCGUUUGUGGACGACCUGGCCGCGCGCGCCGCCGCGAACCCCUGCCGCGCUAUCGCCGCAGCGACCGCGCCCCUGCAGAUCGUCGAGUCAAGGGCCCAAGGGCGCGGCGCGCGCCUCAACGCCAAAAAGAGCAAGAUCAUGCUUUUGAUGUUCGGCACCGCGUCGAGAAACACCGGGGGGCGCAUGGGCAAGGAAGGCGUCGCCAGCAUGCCCAGUGCCUUCGCCGACCAGUCUGUGGAGCUG